CUGGCGUAUACUCUGGAUGCGCGCAUACAUCGGCGGCAAGAGGAGAUUGCUCGCGCGCGGAGAUGAGCGUACAAGUGGCCGUCGUCCUUUGUGCUGCGUCCUCCCCCCGAUGAGGCCGCGUUCCGCGAGGACACCGUGGAAAGAGUACAAGACCGUCAUCGUUACCGUCACCGUCGCCGCCACCGCGACCGCCACCGCCACCGCCACCGUCAGCAUCGACAGGACGAAGGACACGCCGUCGCUGAGGACCGUUCUUCCUCGCUUUCGACGGCAGUGACCAUGGCGUUCAACCUGCCGUAUAAACAGUGCUCCAGUGAAGAGCGCGACCCGUUUCCCAGGCUGAUGAUAUUACCGUAUCCCUGCUGACAAGCGGACGGAAUAUCUGACAUCAACGACGGGGUGGCGAAGAAAACGGAAACGUUUUGUUAAAGCGAAUUACGGAAAAUUCGCGAUAAUUGUGACUUUAAUUGUAGUGCGAUCUACGUGAUCGAGAUCUACGUGAUUCUUUUCUUGCGUAGCAAGUUUGCUUAAAAGAAAAAAUAAAUAAAUAAAUAAUCGGUCGCGAUGGUGUCGCGCGGAAUGAUGAUCGUUCGCGUCGCGGAUUCCGACGAGGACAAAGAGAGCUCAGCGCCUUCAUGUUCGCUGCUGUCGUCGCAUAGACUGAGGUGUAUCAUCGUACACUCCAAAAGACAUAUCGCUUAUCCACCAUAAGGAGUCAAAAGUGAUGGCACGUGUCACGGGCCCUCCACAAAAAAUGGCGAACACGACUGAUUCACCCGCGACGGCCGGCGGCAGCCUUCUUUCAUCCUCGACAACGACGCCGUUUCCCACCGCGUCGACAUCGGCGGCGACUUAUUCGAGUGAGGGUUACACCUUUAACUACAGCGGUCUGCCGAACCUGGGCGGCUCGCUGGACGAUUUCAACUACACGGAACUGUGGCUGGACGUCUGGAAUAAUAGCACUGAGGGCAGCAACGUCACCGAGAGACUAAACGCGACGGUGUUGUUACCGGGUGGCUAUUGCGAUGAAUGGGAAGCUGCUCAGCACAAGCUCUUCCAGGCAGCAAAUUUAUUUUUUGCGGUUGCGUUUCUGGUGCCGCGCUCGUUCAAGGCUUCCAUCCUGGCUCUUCGCACACUUCUCACGGCGGGUUUCAUGUUGGCGGCCCUCUGGGCCGGGUUCACCAUAUGCGCUCUGGAUGCCAUGUUAUGGUGCUUGGCCCUCGGUCUGUUAAACGGCGUUCACUCGCUGAUACUCGCCUGUCGAUUUCUGCCUCCGGCUCUCGCCCCCGAACUAGCCGAACUCUAUUUGAAGCUCUUCAAGCCCUACAAGGUCAGCAAGAAGCAUUUUCAGGAGCUGGCGAAGGAGGCGAGGAUACUCAAGUUGGAUUCCGAUCAGACUUACGCGACGGAAGGGGUCACGCCGGCGGAUAGGAGGCUGUCCAUUCUUUUGCGCGGGAAAUUGAAGGUAACUUGCGACGGGACCCACUUGCACUACAUCAGAGCCUACCAAUUCGUCGACUCGCCCGAAUGGGAGGCCACGCAUGAAAGCGACGCCGACGUCUUCCAGGUGACGAUACGAGCCGAGGAGCCCAGCACGUAUAUCUGUUGGACGAGAAUGAAGUUACUCAGGGUACUCCGGCACAGGCCGUUGCUCAAGGUCGUUCUCAACACCCUCAUCGGUAAGGACAUUACGUCCAAGUUGUACGCCCUUAACGAGCAGCUCGCUGGUGUCGCGACUGCCAGUGAGAACGCCACGUCGAAUCCUUACAGGGGGGUCACGAGAAGUCUCAGCGUCGACGCCGUUAAUACGGAAACCGCCGGAAAGGUACGAUCGACGACCUGGAAGGUGCAGAGGCAGUACAAUUCCCGUAGUGACAGGAACUCCUCGGCUCGUUAUUCGCACCAGUAUUGGGCGCCGGUAGUAGCGAACCACUUCCCGCCGACCUCGCCGUUCAUUCAAAGCCAAAACCUCGGCUACUCGUUACUGCCGCAGGGCAUCCAGUUCUCGCCGCCUCCGCGAGUACCCGCGCUGUCCCACCCUCCCGUGGCGCGACAACGAAGCGGGGGUGCUGGCGGCGAUUACACCCUGCUACCUCAGACACCGAAGCUCGAGAGGAAACGAUCGAGAAAAGGGACUCGAGAGGUGACCUUCGAGACACCGGUAUGACGCUCGCCCGACGACGGGGAAGGGCCUGCCAGCGUGCCUCUACUUUCACUGUCGCCGCAACGCUCCGCCUAGCCCCGUCGUGGCCUCGUCGUCAUCCUAAAGCACGCCGCAAAACUCACCCUUUGAAACUUCCGGUCGACGCGAUACCCGGCGAAUGGCCUACUUCCUCCGGAAGAGAGAACGCGCGACGGUCUUGGUACCGCCACGGAAUUAUGCUUCGGUACCACGGGAGCCCGUGGUACCGGCGGUAUCGCAGGAGAGCGCAGGGUGAACGAAGUCGCUGGGGCGCAGUUUUGACGUGUGCGAUUGAUUUUCAUAUCUUGCAAGUGCCACGCCUUACAGAGAGACACGCACGCACGUGUGAAAUCGAAACCGCGAUGGCGGCCGUUAAAGAUAAAAAGUAUUCCGAUGUCCCUCGACCCCCGCGUUCGGGGAGAGGGGGGCAUCCGUCGAAGUUUCGAGAACGGACCGAAAUUCGAUCGAGGUGGUUUGGAGAGGAACGUGAAUCGUUCGUUGACGUGCGAGGUAAGAAUAAAGCGGAGUAGAAAGGGAGAGAGAAAUCGUAAACGAAAGAUUAAAUAUAGAUAUAUUGCAUUAAUGAGCAUCGCCUCUGUGUACACUUUUACAUCGACUGUGAUUACAACGGAAAUAUAUAAUUAUUAAGUCUUUCAGAGAGAAACGCUGAUUAUAUACACAUACAGAAAAAAAAACACGUGCGUAAAAUAGAGCUGCCGCGGUAAUCACACACGCAUGUCUCGCGUAUUUGCGUGAGUUAGGGUGUCCUUCGCGGAUUUUCGGUUUCGAUACAUUUCAAAAAGAUCCCUAAUUCUACGGAUUUUCAUCUCGCUAUCUGCAAUUCCAAGCGAACGCCUUCUAUUCGUUAGUACACAAUCAUUAAUCCGUAUAUAAAUUGCUUAAUCUAUGAAUUGUUACACAAUUGCGUAAUUUUAAUACAAAAAUAACAUUUGAUGCUACUACGUAGUCAUUGGUGAAGGACAUCCGAACGGCGUAAAUAGGCCGAGAUCGUUGUUGUAUAAAAUUAGUGCAUAAAAUGCGCAUUCACGAUAAAUAUGAUAUGUCGAGAGAACACGCAGCAAUUUCUAUCCAACACCGGCGAACGAAAAAUUACAUUUGCACAUCCCUUAAUCAAAUGUAAAGCGCGUUAAAUAAAUAAAUAAAAAACUAAAAGUGAAAUGAAAAAAAUAAGCCGAAUAAACCGGGUAUAAAAAAAAA